AUGGCUCCCAUUGCCGUCUCACCAAAAGCAGCGCCUGCUGCACCUGCUACCAAGCACAUUGCGCACAAGAAAGACGCUUCGACUCGCUUCGCAUCCUUCGAUGUGACAGCCCAGACCUUCUACCGCUCACCCGACGGGUGUUGCGCUGCCAUCGUCAACCUCAAGCCCAUCGUGCCUGGUCACGUGCUGGUCAUCCCCACCACCCCAUACCACCGCCUGUCAGAGGUUCCAUCCGAAGUCGUCAGCUCGCUGUUUCAGAGCGUGCAAGAGAUCUCACGUGGACUGGAACAGGUCUUUGAGGCCGACGCACUAACGAUCAGCGUUCAGGAUGGCGAAGGGGCCGGACAGACGGUGCCGCAUUUGCACGUGCAUAUCUUGCCCCGCAAGACGGGGGAUAUCGAGCCAAACGAUCUGAUCUACGCUCACCUGGACCAGUGGGGCUUUGACAUCAAGAAGCUGCUCGCCACGGGUCAGGAGCGUAAAGUAGAUGCGGACGAGGAUCGCAAGCCUCGAACGAGUCAGCAGAUGCGCGACGAGGCUGCAUUCCUCAGCACCUUCUUCACAGGCGGCAGAUUCGACCCCACCAUCGUACCGACUUCGACUAAAAGACCCGCCGAACUUGCUCAGACAGCCCCUGAAAAGCGGACUCGCACCGACCGCCUCCCUGUAACACUGCUCAGCGGCUUCCUCGGCGCCGGCAAGACCACACUCCUCGAACACAUCCUCACCUCGCCCAAACACGGUCUCCGCGUCGCGGUCGUGGUCAACGACAUGGGCGCACUCAACAUUGACGCCUCCCUUCUCUCGAACCAUCGAGUCACCCAAGCGGAAGAGAAGGUGGUGCAGAUGCAGAACGGGUGCAUCUGCUGCACUCUGCGUGGGGACUUGCUCGAAGAGGUAGCGGCUCUGGCGGCGGACGGCGAGAUCGACUAUCUGCUCAUCGAGAGCACCGGGAUCUCGGAACCGAUGCAGGUGGCCGAGACGUUUUCCGAGGAGUUCGCCUCGAUGUAUACCGAGAUGGCGGACGACAUGGAGGGCGAUGAGAAGGUGGCAGCCAUUCUGAAGCAGGGUGGAUUGCCGGCGGUCGCGCGGCUCGAUACGUGCGUGACCGUCGUCGACGCCGUCAACUUGUUCAACGACUUCAACACGGUCGACUUCCUCGUGGACCGACACAAGGAUGACCACGAAGUCCCUGAAGAGGACGACAGGAACAUCUCGGACCUCCAAACCGACCAGCUCGAGUUCGCCAACGUCAUCCUCAUCAACAAGUGCGAUCUCGUCAGCGAGGCCGAGGUGGAGCGAAUCGUGGCUUUCGUGCGACUCCUCAAUCCGGAGGCCAAGAUCAUCCCAACCACCCGCAGUCGCGUCGAUCUCGGGGAGAUUCUGAACACGAACCUGUUCAACUACGAGAAGGCUGCCCUCGGCGCAGGAUGGCUCAAGAGCCUGAACGAGGAGAUCAAGCCCGAGACGGAGGAGUACGGCAUCGGCAGCUUCGUUUAUCGUGCUCGUAGACCCUUCCACACCGCGAGACUGUGGGAGACGAUCCGCGAGGUGUUUGUGGUCAUUCAGAGCGAGUACAUCGACGACGGCGAGGACGAAGACGAUAAUAUGGACGAUUCGGCAUCGGACGACGCAUCCCAAGACAUGGACGUGGAAGACGAGAUAGAAGCGCAACCGCAGCUCAACCCGCAGGCACGACUUGAAGCCAAGAACGCCAGCUCGACCUUCGGGCCCUUGUUGCGAUCCAAAGGCUUCGUCUGGCUGGCUACACGACCGCUGAUGUUCGGCGAGUGGUCCCAGGCUGGAAUCAUGCUCACGCUUCAAGGUGGUGCACGAUGGAGGUGCGAGCUGAACGAAGAGAUGUGGCCUCAGGAUAAGGAGAUUGUAGAAGCGAUCAAGAAGGACUUCCAAGGUGACUGGGGGGAUCGAAGGCAGGAGAUCGUGCUCAUCGGAAAGAGUAUGCGCGAUGGAGGUGAAGAGAGGCUGCAAGCUGCGCUUGAUCAGUGUCUGCUGACAGACGAAGAGAUGCAGCAGUGGGAAGCGAUCAUGAAGGAUGACAACCUCGGUAGCAUCGGAGAGAAGCAGCAGAGGUUGCAAGAGAUCUUCGAGGAUGGCUUCGAGGACUGGCCGGAUCAUGAGGAUCCUGAAGGUCACGAAGGCCAUACCCACUGA